UGCGCAGGCGCAGGGUGGGGAGCAGCAUGGCGUCCAGGGCCAAACGGCGAGCGGUGGGGAGUGGGGUUCCGCUGCCGCCGGGGGACCAGGCCCAGCGUGACGAGGAGUCGGAGGAUGACACCGAGGACGAUGAGGACAGCGACGAAGAAGAGGACGAAGACGACGACGGGAUCGUGGGCGAGGAAGUGAGUGUUGACUUUGAAGCUUACUCCAUCUCAGACAGUGAUCAUGACGGAAUUAAGAAAUUACUACAGCAGCUUUUCCUAAAGGCUUCUGUGAACACUGCAGAACUAACAGAUCUCUUAAUUCAACAGAACCAUAUUGGGAGUGUGAUUAAGCAAACAAAUGUAUCAGAAGACAGUGAUGACGAUAUGGAUGAAGAUGAGAUUUUUGGCUUCAUAAGCCUUUUAAAUUUAACCGAAAGGAAGGGCACCCAGUGUGUGGAACAAAUUAAAGAGUUGGUCCUCAGCUCCUGUGAGAACAACUGUGGCAAGAGUGUGGUUGAACAUUUGGAGAAGCUUUUAAAUGACACCACCAAGCCGGUGGGCCUUCUGCUAAGUGAGAGAUUCAUUAACGUCCCUCCCCAGAUUGCUCUGCCCAUGCACCAGCAGCUGCAGAAAGAACUAGCAGAGGCACACAAAACUAACAAGCCUUGUGGGAAGUGCUGCUUCUACCUGCUGAUCAGCAAGACAUUUAUGGAAGCAGGAAGAUCCAUUUCCAAGAAGGGGAGCACCCAAAAGGAUGUCUUAAUGUUCGCAAAUGCAGAGGAAGAAUUCUUCUAUGAGAAGGCAGUCAUCAAGUUCAGCUACUCAGUGCAGGAGGAAAGCGACACUUGUUUGGGCGGGAGAUGGUCCUUUGAUGACGUGCCGAUGAAGCCCCUGCGAACCGUGAUGCUGAUUCCUGGAGACAAGAUGAGUGACAUCAUGGAAAAGCUGAAGGAGCACCUGUCUCUCUAGCCCACUUGCCACAGACAGCGGCGGGCUUGUUUGUAAAAUGAUGAGAAACCCGAGAUUUACUGAAAAACUCACCACUUUAUUCAGAUUAAGGUCCUCUACAAAAAGUAGGGCUCUUUUUUCAUGUGUCCAUGACACACUUAGAAAAUGUUGAUUUCAAUUUUGGUCAAAUUAUGAAUGAAUGUUUGAUUAAAAACUUCCAGUAUGAAGAAUACAUGGAGCAGGUAAUUUAAAGAAUGCAAUAAAAACUCCUAUUUUUUUAUUUUAAAA